AUGCUCAAUUAUUCAGGAACUUCAUUUUAUCAGUUGAUGAUCAAUACCUCAUUCACUGAUAAUUAUGGUAAUUACGUUGCAUUCGAUGAGAAUGGUGAUGGUUAUGGACAGUAUUCAAUUUACAACUAUGCACGUGAUCCAUAUACUGGUCAAUAUCAUUAUCGUUUAGUUGGAGAUUUUCAAGGCGGUAAACUGACUAUGCGUGCACGACCGAUAUGGCCUGGUGGAGAAUCGAAAAAUUUCCCAGUCAGCCAAUGUUCUGAAGAAUGUGGAUUUGGUGAAGUGCGUCGUUUGGACAAGAAGCAACAGUGUUGCUGGUCAUGUGAAACCUGCGGUGUUGAUCAACGUGUAGUCAACCUAACUCACUGUGAAACAUGUCCAUUUCAACAUUGGCCUUCAAAAGACAAAAAGACAUGUGAAUUACUAGAACUGCAUUAUAUCGAUAUCUCGACUUGGUUUGCAAUAGUUCCAAUAACUUUCAGUAGUCUUGGCAUAUUAAUCACUACUGGCAUCAUACUUACCUGGGUUCUCUAUUCUGAAACACCAUUAAUUCGAGCUACAGGACGUGAACUUGCCUAUGUACAGUUGGCUGGAUGCCUAGUCUGUUAUUCGUGCACAUUCAUCUUGAUAGCAAGACCAUCGAUAUUCACAUGUUCAAUGCAAAGAAUCCUUAUUGGUCUUGGAUUUGCUAUGAUGUAUGCUUCACUUCUCACAAAAACCAAUCGUAUAGCAAGGAUAUUUGAUGCUGCAAAACGUACUACUAAACGUCCUGUUUAUAUUUCACCCAGAUCACAACUUGCAAUUGCUGGUUCACUGAUCGCAUUACAAUUAUCCUUGUCAGCUAUAUGGUUUGGAUUUGAUUCACCUGAUACACGUAUCGAUGAGAUUCGUCCAGGCUACUUAGUUCUUCGGUGUGCUAUGAAGGAUAAAAGUUUCUUGAUUUCUCUAGCUUACAAUAUGAUUUUAAUUAUUGUCUGCACAGCAUACGCUAUAAAGACCCGACAGAUUCCAGAAAAUUUUAAUGAAUCCAAAUUUAUUGGUUUUACUAUGUACACAACUUGUAUUAUAUGGUUAGCAUUUUUACCAAUGUAUUAUGCCACAAUUAGUAGUCAUCAAAUUCAAAUUACAACGUUAUGCAUAUCUGUCAAUUUAAGUGCAAGUGUUAUGCUGUGUUGUUUAUUCUUUCCUAAAUUAUACAUCAUUUACUUACAUCCAGAAAAAAAUGUACGACGUUUAACAAUGAAUAAUAUGACAGCUAAACAAAAAUUUGCUAAUUUAGUUAAACAAAAAGUAUCAUCAGCUAUAGCAACAACAACAAUGACAACAACAAGUGUCUAUGUAUCCAGUUAUGUUUCAGAUAAUACUAGUUUAACAGUGAGUAGUAGUACAAGAACUGGUGUACAAACAGAUUCAGAUAAAGGAAUAUUAACUUGUUCAGUGGGAGGAACACAGUCGAAUGUGACUAGUCCAAGCUAUUUAAAAUCAGAUAAUCAAUUUUUCAAUGAACCAUCUCGAAGUAUUUCAUUGAAUACACAAUCAGUUCAAGUGAUCUGUAAUCCAAUUGUUAGCGAUCAUAUUAUAUCGUCUACUUUAACAACAAGAAUUACAACUAUCACCACAUCAACAACGACAACAACAACAAUAGAUUAUAAACAAUCACCAUCUUAUGUUAAUACUCUAUUUAUGAACUAUUUAAAUCGUAAACAAAGUGAUUGUUUAUCGAACCAAUCCUAUAGUGAUUUUCCCACACCAACACCACUGUUAUUAGAUAAUAUACCAAAUAGUUUAUUACUUGUCAAUUCACUUUAUUGUGAUGAAGACAGUAAUAUGAAUGAUGACCAAUAUAAUUCAACAAUUCUAACAAAAACCACAUUUACAAUAACAACAUCUUCAGUACCAAUGCAUAAUAUAAUGAUGACAAAUAGAAUGAAUAACACUAAUUCUACUAUUACUUCACCUGUUGAACUGAAUAUAUCCAGAAUUGAUCAACAUUCUCAAGGUCAAAGUUCAAAUUUCAACCAAUCACCACAUUACUUUAGUCAUCAUCCAUUAGGCAAAACACCUUCAGUAAAUAAUAAUCCUUUAAAAUAUAUCCCAUUACAACAAACAUCAUCCCUGUAUACUAACCGUUAUAUAUCAUCUUUUUCACCAACAAAUUCUUUAGGUUCAAUUGAAUCACCAAAUUUAAGUGUACCUAGUUCAGAGUUGUAUAACCAUAGUUAUGGUGAAGACACAAUAAUGCAAAAUAGUGAAAAUAUUGAUAGUUCAUUUCGUGAUAGUGAAUCAUUAUUUGUACGUAUAGAUAAACAAGAAAAAACAAAUUCACGUAGUAUUGAUUAUACAAAACAAACUGUUACAGCAUUAUAA